AUGAUUUAUAACUAUUUCUUAAUAUUCUUAUUCUAUCUGAACUAAUCGAAACUAUAGGAUAAUUCUACUUCAGAUUAAAAUCUAGCAUUAAUUUUCAAAACUUUAUCUUAGGAUAACAAAAGCAAUGCAGUGAAAAAAAAUAAAAAUAACUCUAAGUAACUUAUAUUAGAGCCCAUCUCAUGGAAAUAUUGAUCAUUAACUUGAAUAAUUUAUUGAUAAAUUAUAACAAGGUUUCUCCUCCAUAAAAUUUUCUCAUUUAAGUUUAGCAGACAAGAUUACCCUUAAACCUCUUUUGUAAUUCAAUUAUUGUCCUUUAUGCUUUAAAAGCAGAGAUUAAGUUUAUAAUCAUCUUCAAGUGGAAACUUUAUAUAAUUCAAAUUAAGUAAGGAUAUCUAUAAUUGAAAUUUAGAAACUAAAAAAUUAUUUAAGAAAUAACACAAAAUAUUUAUAAAAUAUUAAUAAAUUAAUUAAAAUUAUGGAUUAAAUAAAGAAUAUAUUAAUUAUUAAUUUUUUUCCAUCUGCCCUGUUAAUAAUAAUAAUCUUCUCCUCUUAAUUAAAGUACUAUUAAAUUGUAGAUGAUCUCAAUAUGAAUUGUAAUAUUUUCCACUUUCAAAUAAUACCAUUUUAAUAAAUUUUAAAUAGGUAUUGGAAUAGUUACGUCAUUUGA